AUGUCUCUACGACUUUCCCGGCGUGGUUUACUCGUGAGGGCCCAGAGAGCCCUUUCCAGCGAUGAAAAUUUCUGUAUGGAAUUGGCGAAAAAAGCUGAUUAUUACAACUACAUCUGCGCCAUUCACUUGCCACCCAGUCACAGGCGUUUUGCCUGUUUUCUCCGAGCAUUUAACGCCGAAAUAGCUCAGGUGACUGACAGAGCUCGCACCCGCGAAAUUGCCAAUAUUCGUUUCCGUUAUUGGUUGGAUGCGAUCGAAGCAGUCUCCAAGGAUCCUUCCUCGACAAGCGUUUUUCGAUCCCCCAUGGAGCGGGAACUAAUCUGGGCCAUGCAACGGUUCAGAUUCUCCCCCAGAUGGCUUUCAAUGCUCGUGGAGGCCAGAGCAAAUCGUGCCGAUGGAGUUCCUUUUGCAACUUGUCUAGAACUGGAACGCUAUGCAGAAAUGACAAAUGCUCCUAUCUACUACAUGUUGGCAGAAUCUUUCGAUGGUGGCGGUGGAGGAGUAGAGAGUGUGGUGGAUGAGUGGAAAGUUGUCUACCACUAUAAUCUGACUUAUGCGCAAGCCACCGCCCCUGCGAUACCAGGCUAUAAAGCACAUGAUGGAACUCGCCGAAUACGCGGGCCAAACUGUCUCUCAUAA